AUGAAAAGCAGAGGAGUCGGAGACGUUAAAGAGCUAGAAAGAAAAUUGGAUGGACUGAAGAUAAGAGGGAAGACCCUGAGGGUAAAUAUUGCCCUGCAUGAGAGAAAAGAACCACCCAGGAAGCAGCGAGACAAUGAAACAGGAAACAGAGUGACGGGAGGUCAUGUGAACAACAAAGGAGAAAAGGCAUCAAGAAUCGGAAUUGGAACCCGUGACCAUCGAACCUACGCAGACCUGCUGAGACCAAGAGAUGUUGCCAGCAAUGUCAGAUAUGCAACAGAACCCCCUGGACCUCCAUUACCAACCCCUAUCACUUUACAACGCGAUCCGGUUACCCACAGCUAA